AUGGGGCUGCAGAUGUGCGUGCAGAGGGCAGCAGGGCGCACGGGGCGCACAAGACAGCAGGGCGCGCGUGGCGUGCAGGGCUGCAAGGCGCGCGGGGGCAGCAGGGCAGCAGGGCGCGUGGGGCGCAGCAGGGCUGCAGGGCGCGCGGGGCACGCAGGGCAGCAGGACAGCAAGGCGCGCGGGGCGCGCAGGGCUGCAGGGCGCGCGGGGCGCACAGGGCAGCAGGGCAGCAGGGCGCACAGGGCUGCAGGGCAGCAGGGCGCACAGGGCUGCAGGGCAGCAGGGCGCGCGGGGCGCGCAGGGCUGCAGGGCGCGCAGGGCAGCAGGACAGCAGGGCGCGCGGGGCGCGCAGGGCUGCAGGGCGCGCGGGGCGCACAGGGCAGCAGGGCAGCAGGGCGCACAGGGCUGCAGGGCAGCAGGGCGCGCAGGGCGAACAGGGCAGCAGGGCGCACAGGGCUGCAGAUCCCCUCCCCCCCACCGCUGCACCCGCAGAAGGGGGAUGGAGGAGAAGUUGGGGGGGGGGGGGGGCUGGUGCUGCAGAUCCCCUCCUGCCUCCCCCUGAACCGCCAAGCUCCCCCCCCCCUCCCAACACAAAGCGCAGCAGGGAGAGAGAGAGGAGAAGGGGGGGCGGGGGGGGGGGGGGGGCUGAUGCUGAAAUCCCCUCCCCCCCUCUGCUGA